AGCCGGUCCCGGUAGGUCGCUCUUUCUGGGCUGUGUUUACCUGCAGCGGGACAGGGGCGGCAAACGCUGACCCGUCACGGCCGGCGGUGGCCGGAGCGCGGCUGUCGAGGCGGCUCUCGGCGGUCCCUGGGGAUCCGAGCAGCCAGCUCGGGGCACGGCAGGAGCGGGCGGCGCGCUGGGACCGGGGAAACCUCCCGGAGGAACGGGCCACCGGCCUGCUCCCUCGCGGCUGCCCCCGCCGCUCCGCCCGUCCCCGCCGCCGAACCGAGCCGGUGCCCGGGAGUGGGGCGGGGCAGGGACAAGCGGCGGCGCUCCCGCAGCUCCCGAGAGCGACCGCCGGUGAUGCGGGGGGCAGCGCCAAGCGCUCGGGCGGGGCUGGGGCACCGGGCUGUGCCCCCCUCGUGCCCGCGGGAGGAGCGGGGCGGCGGGACGUGGCUCCGCGCCCGCGGUCCCUCCCCCCGAGCCGGUCCCUCCCCCUGAGUCGGCACAGCCGCUGCCGUCGCGGCUCCGCUAAAGUUUUCGCCGAGUGCGCCGGACCCGGUUCCCACCGGUCCCGAGAUGCGUUCGGGAGCCGCCGCGAGCCCAGCCCCGACAGCUCUGUCCCAGGAGUCCCCGUGACCAGGAAUCUUGCACAGGGUUGCCCACAUGCCAGGGCCGUCACCACCAGGGUGGAGAAGCUGCUGAGGGCCAGUAGGAAGCCGUGUGUCCUGCGCUGUGUCCUAUGCAUGUGGUCCAGAGGAGGGAUGUCCCAGCCACAUCUCUUUACCCUCCUGGUGCUGCUGCUCUGCUGCCAGGGCCCCUCUGCCCAGAUCACGGAUAAUGUCGUUGAGAGAUGGAAGGAGUACAGCGAAGAGUGCCAGCGCAACAUGAGCCGCCUGCCUGCGCCCACAGAGCUGGUCUGUAACCGCACCUUCGACAAGUUCUCAUGCUGGCCUGACACGAUGCCCAACAGCACAGCCAGUGUGCCCUGCCCCUGGUUCCUGCCCUGGUACCAGAAAGUGAAGCACAGACACGUCUUCAAGACCUGUGGGCCAGACGGACAGUGGGUGACAGGGCCACGGGGACAGUCCCUGCGCGAUGCUACACAGUGUGAGCAGGAUGACGAGGACCUAAAGGCGCAGGAAAAAUUUGCCAAGACCUAUGGCAGCUUCAAGGUGAUGUACACUGUGGGCUACUCUGUGUCCCUGUGUGCACUGCUGCUUGCCCUGGCCCUGCUGCUGGGCUUCAGCAAGCUGCACUGCAUGAGGAACUACAUCCAUAUGAACCUCUUCGCCUCCUUCAUCUUGAAGGGCGUCUCUGUGCUGGUCAUUGACGCCCUGCUCAAGACCCACUACAGUGACAAGAUCGAUGGCUACAACGUGCAGGUCUGGCUGAGCGACGAGGCAGCCGCAGGCUGCCGGGCAGCCACGGUCUUCAUGCAGUACGGCAUCGUGGCCAACUAUUGCUGGCUGCUGGUGGAAGGCAUCUACCUGCAUAACCUGCUGGUGGUGGCCGUCUUCUCCGAGAGGAGCUACUUCACCCUCUAUCUGUGCAUCGGCUGGGGGGCGCCCAUGCUGUUCCUGAUUCCCUGGGUCAUCGUGAAGUUCCUCUACGAAAACAUACAGUGCUGGUCCACGAACAACAACAUGGGCUUCUGGUGGAUCCUUCGCUUCCCCGUGUUCCUGGCCAUCCUGAUCAAUUUCUUCAUCUUCAUCCGCAUCAUUCAGAUCCUUGUUUCCAAGCUCCGUGCACACCAGAUGCGCUACACUGACUACAAGUUCAGGUGGGUGCUGGACAUGGCUCACCCUGUGUUCCCAUGGUGCACACGCAUGUGUGUCCACCCGGUGACCCCAUCCCACAGGCUGGCCAAGUCCACACUGACACUGAUCCCACUGCUGGGCAUCCACGAGGUGGUCUUCGCUUUCAUCACAGAUGAGCAUGCCCAGGGCACGCUGCGUUACGUCAAGCUCUUCUUCGACCUCUUCCUGAGCUCCUUCCAGGGGAUGCUAGUGGCCAUUCUCUACUGCUUCGUCAACAAGGAGGUGCAGGCUGAGCUGCUGAAGCGGUGGCAGCGCUGGAAGCUGGGGAAGGACCUGGCUGAGGAGUACAAACACACCUACAGCCACGGACCCAGUGCCCGCAACGGCGCUGGCAGCACCUGUGAGAAGCACCAGCUGCCGGGCGGGAGGGCUGUGCUGAGCUGCUGGGAUGCCGCCGUUCCCUGCCCUGACCUCCCCAGGUGCUGGCGGGCACUGGGACCUGCCACCCUGGUGAGGGUGCUGCAGUGGGCACAUGGACAAGGGACACAGUGAGGCAGGCAAGUGGGACCUGGACCUCUGGAAGGGGGAACUGUGGGGCCAGGGGGAUCUAUGGGGGUGGGAGUUUGUCCUAUGGUGCUGCCCCCGUGCACCUUCGAGUCGCUGUGCGCAGUGCUGUAAUUUAUCUGUCAUAUCUGUAAAUAGAUGUGGGCCCGUGCCGGGCUGCAGGGCCAGCUCCGCGUGUGCCUCUCUGUGGGCUCUGGGGACACUGGGGACAUGUGACACGUGUGGACCAUGCUCCCAAGCCACAGCCAUGGAUGAGGAGCUGGCACCUGGCAGGGAUAGGCUGCACCAGAAGACAGCCCCACUGACUGCCCCACUGCCAGAGCCCCAGCCCAGCAGCCCUGCUGCCCUGCUGCCUGCCCCACGGUGCUGCACAAGUCAGUGGGGCAGACGUGCAGCAGCUGCAGCCGCUGCAGCGCUGCCGGCCGGGGCUCCAGCUCCCCCAGCACGCGCUUUCCUUUGGCCGCUAAUCGGCUCUGUCCUCUC